GGCAGGGGCGCGAGCCUGUGCUUGACACAUGUGUUUCCCAUUGAGAGCUGGAAGCAGCCCAGUAGCUGGGAGUUGGCCUGACAAAGCCAUAUUGAAGUACAGGCAGAGUACGGUUUCAAAGCAGUCAGAAAAAGAACGGGAAUGCUGUUCAGGAAAUUCUUCAGGCAUGGGCAGGGACUUGGCUGCAAUUCUGCAGUUGGAAAAUCUGACUGGGGCAGCUUCUGAACACAGGCUGGGCCUGCUCACCCUCGGCAGCCCGAGCAGCCGCCUCCUUCCAGCCUCUGCACACACGCCUGGACUGUGGGAGAUUCUCAUCAGCCGCUUUGUGAAGCAGAGGAGAGAUGCCUCAGGAACAGUACACCCACCACCGGGGCACCAUGCCCAGCUCCGAAGUGCCACAAGUAUACAAAGUGGGGAUUUAUGGCUGGCGGAAAAGAUGCCUGUAUUUCUUUGUCCUACUCCUGAUGAUUUUAAUACUGGUGAACUUGGCCAUGACCAUCUGGAUUCUCAAAGUCAUGAACUUCACAAUUGAUGGAAUGGGAAACCUGAGAAUCACAGAAAAAGGUCUAAAGCUAGAAGGAGACUCAGAAUUCUUGCAACCUCUCUACGCCAAAGAAAUCCAGUCCCGACCAGGUAAUGCCCUGUACUUCAAAUCUGCCAGAAAUGUUACAGUGAACAUCCUCAACGAACAGACUAAAGUACUAACUCAGCUGAUAACAGGUCCAAAAGCUGUAGAAGCUUAUGGCAAAAAGUUCGAGGUAAAGACGGUUUCUGGAAAAUUGCUCUUCUCUGCAGAUAACAGUGAAGUGGUUGUAGGAGCCGAGAGAUUAAGAGUUUUAGGAGCAGAGGGCACAGUGUUCCCUAAAUCUAUAGAGACACCUAAUGUCAGGGCAGACCCCUUCAAGGAACUAAGGUUGGAGUCCCCCACCCGUUCUCUGGUGAUGGAGGCCCCAAAAGGAGUAGAAAUAAAUGCAGAAGCCGGCAACAUGGAAGCCACCUGCAGAACAGAGCUGAGACUGGAGUCCAAAGAUGGAGAGAUUAAGUUAGAUGCUGCGAAAAUCAAACUACCUAGGCUGCCUCAUGGAUCCUACACACCCACGGGAACGAGGCAGAAGGUCUUCGAGAUCUGCGUCUGCGCCAACGGGAGAUUAUUCCUGUCCCAGGCAGGAACUGGUUCCACUUGUCAGAUAAACACGAGUGUCUGCCUGUGAGAGACGAUGCAUAGUGGACGUUGUCGGCAGCAUCCAGGCCUUUUUCGGCUUUAGACCCUGGCUGCCAGCUAUUUUUACUAGAACACAGAAAGCCUAUCAAAGACCUUUUGUGUGUGUGUGUGUAUGUGUGUGUGUGUGUGUGCGUGAGUGUGUUUGCGUGUGUGGGUGGAUAUAAAUAUAUAUAAAUAUAUAUAAAUAAAUAUAUAUAUAUCCUCCAUAUAAAAUGAGGUUUCAGUACAAAAGGAACCAUGGGUGACCCUGUGAUAUCCACUGUCAUUGCCAUCCCAACCCCACCAUGUACAUGAUAAAAUCGAAACACUAAUCCAUGCCCAGUAUUCCCCAAACCCCGCAGAAUCACAGUGUAUUGGCACUUGGUGAAUAUCCACCUCUAUAUCUGAGGCACAGCCUGUCUUCUCCUGUAGCUUCAUUACAAGGCAGUGAUGGCGGGAAUUUGCAAGUCACAGCCAACGGCUGAGACCCGUUCCUUUUUUAGCUUUCCUGAAGCUGGCCAGUUUCUCCCUCUUCAAUCAGGGAUGGGGCAGGGCUGUACAAGUCAGCCAGAGGAACUCAACAUGGCAGUGCUACUUUUGCAGCCAAAUGUAUCAGGGCUUUUGUAGCUGGAUGAAUUAGGAGGAUGGAUUUUAGCAAAGUUUGAAUGGCUCAACCAACUCCUGCUAGCUUACUUCCUUCAAACUCACAUAUUAUCCCACAGUCAAAACAGGAGCUGUAAAUCAGCACAAAAUAGGAUAACAGCUGCUCCUCAGUCGGCUGGAAACUACUCAAUGGGCUGACAGACAAAGAAUAAAUGGGCGAUAUGUCUCUAUUUAAAGGGGAAAAAAUGGCUCAAAAUCUGUUACAUCCUCUCUCUUGACUCUAUCAACAGACUCCUACCCAAAAUGAUCAGGUCAAUCCAAAUCCUUGAGUGUGAAACCCCUACCCCCAAGAGAAGCUCUUUGGAGAUGGAAAUCAAAGAGCAGUGUUGGGAACUGAAUUAUUUUUAAAUAUGUUUCUGGAGGUUGGUAGGUAAUUUAGAGGCAUGCCUUUUACUUUUAAAGGCAUGCACAAACUCUCUGCUUUCAAUCUUCUUAAAUAUUUUUUCAAUAUUGGGAUAUUCAUUUUCCUAAAUUGACCAUUGUUUUCUCUAAGAAUAGUGACCCAAGAAUCACAGAUCUAAAGUACCACAUGACCCCAGAAAUGCUCACUGAAAAUUAAUAUAGACUGAGUCAGGUGUCUUUAUUAGAAUCACUGUGUCCCCUGGGGCCCAGCAGUACCCACUCCCACAUGUGUGGAAGCAGCUCCCUAAUUCCCGCCAUCAGCUACCUCCCAUCACUCCACUUUCAUCUUCACGCUCCAGGGUCACCCUGGCCAGCUCUUGUGCUGGGACAGGGGAUUACACCAUCUCUGUUCAAAGAGGGGGAAAUGUGCCUAUGCCUUACGUCAAUGCACUCAGCAAGGAGAAGCACAUCCUAUUUAUCUUGUUGUUACCUGUAGUUUAUUUUGGGUGAUUGGAGGGGAAGGGUUUAAUGAUGACUGGACAUCUUAAAUCUGGUAGACUAACCAAGUGGCUGACAGAUGUGGACUCCAAGGAGCCCAGAAGGGAGACGUAACUGGUUUUGACCCCCGCCCCCGGAUGCCACUUGGCAAGCAGUGGCCCCACAAUCCUAAAUGAAGUCGUAUUUGUAAGCCUGAAUGGCAUUUUUUUUUCCCUCAACAGGGUUCUACUUUUUCUUCAGAGGGGAGAUUUGCCAUAGGAAAUGAAUAAGAGGUUUGGUAUUUCUGAGUUGACUCCCAAGCAUCAGGCAGAGUUUUGCACACAUGGGAGGUAAAAGCAAGCUCCGUGUUGUUUAGUCACUUAGACGUGGGGGGAAGAGGGAUAGUUCUAGCUUGACCAGUGGUCCUGCUGGCUCCCGGACCCCAGGCUCCCCCAGUUACUCCUACUCGAUAUCCAUACAGAAGAACUGGAUUGCUUAAGGGUGAGACUGUAAGAUUGCUUAGGGACUAAAAAGGAAAACCAUAAAAAGAUACCCAAUUGCUCUGGCUCAGUACAUCCUGUAGGAUCACACUGCCAGAAUCUGCAUGUCCCAUACCCAGGGUUUUUCCAAGCCAGGAAAGGCCCUCCUUGGUGACUGGGAGCAUCUGCCCCAUAUCUUUCAGAUCAACAGUAGCGCCUAUACGGUCCUUUAUGGCUAAAUACCUGAAGACAAAGGUUUUUUGUUUGUUUGUUUUUAAACAGACAGACCAUCUUUGCAUUUUGUCCUCUCAAGUAUAUAUUCUAAGGAUGACAAAGAAAUGGAAAGUUCCCUGAACCUCUUGCAUCUAAAUGUUGUUCUAAUCUUUAAACGAAAGUCUGAGAUCAACACCUUGGGAAUUUUAUACCAAUAAAAAAGACUGGUGUGAUCCCACUUGCAAAAUUUAAUCCUAAAGGUACUCAGAUCACAAAUAGAGUUAAAAGAAUAAUAGCAACCAAGAAUAGAAAUCAAGCACUUAUGGGGACAGACGUGAUAUAAAAUUCUGAUUUUCAUUUGUGCUAAGUGACUAUAACAUACCAGGUAAUGAGCAGGAAGUUUGGUGUGUAUUAAAUUAUGUAUUUCAGUUCGGACUUCAGAAUUCGGUAAAUGCAUAUUAAGUCCUUCAAUGUACGUUUUUCCUCCUCCCAACUUCCUCCAACUAGAGUAUCUGUCCAUGGUCAUGAGAAAAAGUUUUACCUGAAUUCUGGAAAAAAAAUCUUUUACAUUAAAAUCUGAUACCUUUAAUUUAUAAAAAUGAGAUUCUUUCUAAUCUUUACUAUAUCUUCUAGACAAUCACAUCUCUCAGUAUAUUAAGCAGUGGGUGGCAUAACAGUUUAAAUGAAUCUUCAAUAUUCUAGAAGUUCUAGUACAUUAAUAGUCUUCAGAAAAGUUUCAUAAAUUAAAAGUUGAUCUCCAAAUAUGUUUAGCACCUAGUUCUAUUGGAUAUCUGUUCAAUAAGUUGUUAGAGUUCAUUCUUAAGAAACUACUAGAGUAUGAUGGAGGUUUUCAGAAACCCUUUUGGUGGCAUCAGUCUAGGUGGAAACUUGAUACGAAGCUUUAUCUUUCUGUUACCCAAGAGACAGAGCCUAUAAACUUGAAUUGGCUUUGAACUACUUUUAGGUCAGUUUUCCCUUGGAUGAUUUUCAUUGUAUGUCCAGCACCAGAGACCAAAGAUUGCUUGAGGCUUGACUCUAGCACAGGGGUCAACAAACUCUGGUCCCUAAACCAAAAGGAACUCAUCACCUGUUUUUGUAAAUAAAGUUUUAUUAUAACACAGCCACAUCCAUCCACUUACUUAUUACAUAUGGCUGAUUGCAUACUGGACCAGCAGGGUUGAAUAUCUGUGCCAGAGACCUCUUGGCCCACAAAACAUAAAGUAGUUACUAACUGGUUCUUUAGUAAAAGUUUGCUUACUCCUGACACAGUGGUCAUUUGUAGCCUCACUUGUGUUGGACACAGCAGGGCAGAAAGUAGAUGAUAGCACUACAUUUUCAUGCGUGCUUGGGAAUAUAAAUUCGUGGCUACAGAAAAGAUGGUCCACCUUACACUGAAUGUUAAAAAGAUCCACUUGUCUGAGAAACACAGGAUUCUUGGAAACAGGGAAGACAGAAUUAGGGAAAGGUUUAGUGGAAGAGGAAAGCUGUGAUCUGCCAAAAGGUUUUUCCUAGGACCCAUAAUAUAUUUAAGGGGUUCCUUCAGUCAGCAUCAUUGUGUGACAAGAAGUGAAGCAGGGGUCCUUUGAUUUAAAUUUAGAAGAGACUAUAUCUGCAAUCUCUACCUAGAGGUUUCCAUCUCACCUUCCCAUAUUUCCAGAAAGAUGCCCAUUCUCUGGUCCUCCGAAGAAUAUUUUUGACUUCCAUCUUUUUGGCAUCCAUCACCUCAGUUAUUCACACCCACAGUGAACUUGAUUUCCUGCUACCACAUCAGGCUUGAAGGGUUGGUGGGACCAAUAAAUAGAAAUAUGCAAAGGAGCAUCUGAAGCAUAUGUAGGAUGAAAAAAUUAGAAUUAUUUAAUGACGCUGCUGCUGGGAUAUGGGGAGGGGACCAGAUUAAUGCCAGUAUGAUGUUGUUUCCAAGGAUCCAGGUCUUUUUUCUUUGGUGUAGGAGGAGUACAAAAAAGACCUAUUUUGAAUUCCAACAUCACUGCCUCUGUGUGAUAAGGCAGGUUCCUACCAGAGAUGUGUCCCUUCAGUCAGCACCCAUAUUGCUCAUCCAGGGCUUUAUAUUCAUAUUCAGUAUUGUUAAAAUAGCGUCAGUUAGUAAUGAUUCUUUGUGAGUAUGAGUAUUCCUGUUAGGGAGGAAAGGUGUUUUUUUUUUUUUUUUUUUUUUUCUUAAAUAAAAAUACCCACCAUUUACCAGACCCCAAUCAACAUUAGUUAAAGGAGUCCUUCAGCAUUUUAUCUGGAUUCAACUGAAAGAGGAUUAAAUUGGCCUUCACAGGAGCAGCUAUAUAAGAAUAUCUUGCCUUUGUUUAUUUUAGGCAAAAGGUAGCCUGAUGUUUGGACCAAGGAGGUAAAUAGAUCCAUUUAAGCACCUGAUCCUUAUUUUUUAAGGCUCUCUGAAAGGUGAAAAAUCUCAUUUAAGUGAGUCGUAAACAAGACCCUUUCCUCUCUUUCCCCUGCUCUGGAAAAUCUUAGGCACAAAAAGAAAAACAAAGCAGUUCCUAGAAUGAUACAUUUGCAUGGUGCCCCAGUAGCAGGUGGGGGGGAAAAGUCAUAAUAAAAGAAACAAGCUUAGAAAACAGGCCUUUUAUCUCAAAGAUAAAAUGUCUCUCUUUUGGUCUUUCAUCACUUUCUCCUCCGUGGAAGGCUCCCCUAGUCCCAACAUAUUUCCAUUAAAAUAGUCAAAGCUACUGCACUGGGAUGUCAGAUGCAUCUCUUUCUUUGUGGUAAUCAGAAUUUAAAAUUACACAGUUGCCUCUGAAUUUCUCAUUCACAAAGCUAAACCACCGAUAAGAGAUAAAGUGCUCUGAAGCCCGCUGCUUCAGAAGGCACAGCACACCACAUUAGCACUUUCAAAAGCUAUGUGAUUUCUAUGGUUCUUAAAAGCUUUCUUCAUAAUGGAGUCCUUGAAAUUUCUCAAGACAGGUCUGAAUGGCAAAGAGCAAAGAAUUAUUUGUGGGAGGUCCUCAUUUUGAGUACUGUUAGAGCACAAGGAUAAAAGAAAACAUCCCAUUUGGGGUGAUCCAUGACCUGUGGGCUAUUUUCUUUGGUUUUAUCCCACCCAACCCCUUCCUUUUAUAGAUACUGAUGGAGUAGGAAAUUAGCAUCUUUCCUUGAAAAAAAGAGAGCAGUUCAACAGGAUGCAACAGGAGAUGUGAUGUCACAACAGUAUUAAUGAUGUUAUCAAAUCCAUCAGUAAACAGUCUCAAACAUAGCAACAGCAAUGCUGACGCCUUAACUUCUGCCCAACAAGUGGUAAUAGCAGUUCCCCUUCUGUGAGGUUUGCAAUGGAACAGAGGAAAAGUUGCUAUAGGCAAGAAGUAUUUUUAGAGUCCAAAGCCAGCUGUCACAAUGGGAAACUAGAAUAGUGUUCCAAAAUGCCUCAUUAGGCGUGUGGACACCCUCAUUAAGGAAUGAAGGGAUUUUGCUUCAUCCCUGAAUGUUAGCUAAGGUCAGAUAAAUAAAACAAGCAUGAAGAUGCCCUCUUUGGGAGAAGAAAGAAGGAAACAUCUGUCUUACCUAAAAUCUACUCUGCACUGCUAGACUCAUCUAGUAGUCCCACUUCUUCCAUUGUCUUUGCAGCCAACUUCUACAUUUGGGUUAUUUUGGUGAAAUCAGAGAGAGCUCAGGUUUUUUAAAUCCCAAGCUGAUCCAUGAGAUUACACAGGAGCAGUAUAGCAAAGGACUGUCUGAGGGCGGGAAGAUGAUAUUUGUUGACAAAGAAGACACUGGUGCUUCUUUAGUCCCCAUAUUCAUGGAAUUCAUGAGGUCCUAAUAUUUGAGGGAUCAUAGUUUCUUUUGAGAAUCUGAGCAAAGUUCUGAAGCUUCUCUUCAAAAAGAAUCACAUCCAUGAAUUUUGCAUAAGGUCAAAGAGGUCUCCUUGGACCCAAAGGCUAUUCUAAGACAUGGCAAGAGUUGGAUCCUAUUUCUCCAAUUAUAAUAACAUUUUUUAUUAACUAAUAUUCAUUGGACACUUACUGUGUGUGAGCACUGUGCUAAGUGUGCUUGAAUAAGUGCAUUCACUUAGUUCGUCCUCAAAUCAGUCCUUUGAGUUAGGUUCCAUUAUAGUUCCAACUUACAGAUGUGGAAACUGAGGCUUAGAAAGGCUGGGAAACUCGUUCAAAGCCACUAGCUAGAAAAGGGCAGAGCUGGAAUGCAGGUCUAUCUCCAGGCCACUAUGCUGUGAAGUCAUCAACAUGUCAAACUAUUUUUCGAGCUGUUAAGAAGUGCUCCUACCAGUUUUUAGACUAGUCCUUCUUGGGUAGAUGAGGCUAUAAAACUUUUAUCUCCUUCUUUCUAUUGUCUCUCAUCUGUGGCAGCAUCCAGUACUGAAAGACAGAUACCUAGAGUGAAGAUGUAGAUCUGCCUGAAUAAUAGGAUCUAGAACAACAAAAAAAAAUAGUUUGCUCUAUGAUUCUUGCUAAGUCAGGCUUCUUGUCCUUACAAAUUUGGAGAUGCCUGGGUUGUCAGCCCUACAUUUAAGAGAAAACUUUAAUACUCAAUGAUCUAUAGUUGUGGCUAAACAAAUCAGCAUUUCUCCUCACAUACCUCUCCUUCCCCUAUACCUCACUUUAAAAGACAAACAUCUUAUUUUAGGUGAGGUCUUUGAUGACAUUUGGUUAUCAUUCUUCCCUACUUUUAUUCGUGGUGACUCCAGAAAAGAAUUAAAUACAAAUGAACUCAAUCAUCCCUAUUUCCCUAUAAGAAAAUAAGACUAACAAGAAUUCAAUUAGCACUAGGCAUUCAGGACCCAAGCUGGCCACUUUGGCUGGGAUAAUGUCUUGAGUUCCAUACCCCAUACCUCGUCAGUCAUCACUGGUCCAUAACCCUACCUUCCCCAUGUGCAGAUUUUUUCUCACCAAAGCAUUUGGGCUGUCACUAUCAAUUGAUCUGAGUUGGAAAUGGGACCCACCUGCCAAUUCUUGUUGCAACAGUGGCACCCUUUAACCUUGAACCUGUACAUUUGACACUGGUGUCCUAGUUUCAGCACAGGUUUGUGGCAUUCCAAUGACUAAGGGAGAAGAUGAGUGCCUCUGAGGUUCCUUACAACUUGGCGGCUUUGGAGCACUUUCAUCUUCUAAGCUAAGGGAUCAGGGUUUGAUCUCUAAGAGUUAAAAGACCUACGACCGUUUUGAAGAAUUAGCUCAGCCAGGGACCAUCCAAAUAGGUUAAACCAGUAUGCCCUGGCACGCAAGUCCUGCUGUCAACCUCCCCCACCCAGAGCUAAGCGACCACAGCAGCAGAGGGUGGAGUCCAUCCUGCUUUGCUGUGCUUUCUCAACAGCACAUGUCUGAUCCCCUGGAGGGCUGUGGACAGAGCCUCGCGCUGCUCCUAACACAGUCACCUCCAGUGCCAGCCAGGGUCCUGUCAUGCUCCUGUGGCUCAGCCACCCCUUAAACCUUAGGAAAGGGAUGAACUAAAAAAAAAGUCAAAGAUCCUCUUUUAGGGUAAGUCAUUCAGGGAUUUUCUUUUACUGGUGUAUGUGUCCAAAUGGCAAAUCAGGAAGGGGCACCUUUAAAGGGUCCCAUGGAACUAACAUCACCAGAGCCAGCAAUCAGGUUCCCUAAUAGAGAGGGGAGAUCCUGACAAAGUAUAAGGAAGAGUUGGCAAACCUGAAUUUGGGGUAGACAACAAAACUAACCUAAUUUACAUCCAGUGUUUGGUGAGGGGGCAACAGAGUUUUCCUUCUGUUAACCACCUCCCCAGUCAAGUUUCUCUCUUUUUGAGGCCACAAAGAAGCAACGACACACUUCCUAAGGAGGUCAUGUUUGAGAAGGAAAAGGUAGGGGACCAUCCAUCAUUGCACUGGCUAAAUGCACUCCUGGAGAAGCCAGAUUCUGGUGCUUUUCACAGUAAAGAUAAGGUCAUAAAAGUCCUAUUCGCGUGGAGAUUUUGAAAAAGGAACCCCAUUCCCAUAAAGCACUUGAGUUCAGCCUUUGGAUUAUUUUUUUUUAUUUGGUUUUGUUUUGUUUUUCUCUGGGUUUGGGUGUGAUGUAAGAAGAGCUUUUUAGUUUUGUUUUGAAUAACAUCAAUCCUUGCACACUCUAUGCAAAAAUUUUGUAAGCAUUGCAAUAAUGCUAUGAAUUACAAGGAACUAUUUUAACUUUAUUACACUUUCUGUAUAAAAAAAUUUGUAUUUAAUAUUAUUUCAA